CAUAUUGGAGUGAGAGGGAAUGAGGUGGUAGAUAAGGUGGCAAAAGAGGCAACAAAAUGUGAGGAAAUUGAAUUACGUAUAAAUAUCAGCAAGAUGGAGGGUAAAAACAUAAUUAAAAGGAAAAUGAAGGAGAAAUGGCAGAAGAGGUGGGAGGAGGAGAGGAAGGGAAGGUGGUUUUAUAAAAUUCAGAGGAAAGUAGGAGAGGCCAGGGGAACAGGAAGGAGCAGAAGGGAAGAAACCGUAAUAUCAAGGCUGAGAUUUGGACAUACAGGGCUAAAUGCAUCGUUAUUUAUUGUUGGAAAACAUGACACAGGGAGGUGUGAUCAUUGUGAGGAGCAGGAAACUGUAGAUCAUGUAAUGAACAGCUGUAGGAAGUAUGAAGUAGAGAGACGACAAAUGCAGGAUAAGUUGGCAGAAAUUAAAGAAAGAUAUGAGUUGGUGAAUAUAUUAAGGAAGAUGUCAGGAGAUAGAUGCUAUAGGCACGUAUUUGGAUAUCUAAAAGAAACACAUUUGAUAAAGAAAAUAUGAAAUCCGGGUAACUCAGGGUUACAAUAGUAAAUAAAGACGCAUAAAGAAACCAGUAGGUGGCGGUAAUGCACAUGUUUGUUUGCCAACUGCCAAUAAAACCAAAAAGAAGAAGAACUGGUUAGGAGUCACUGGGGCUAGGGGGACGCGUUAGAGUGUUGCACACGAGAUCUAGCCAUGCACUGUGACUGAUUGUUCUGAUCUGUUUUAUUGGAUUAAACAGUUAUAAUUAAGUUGCCUACGUCCUCCUUUUCCUCCGGCACUACAACGCAUUCUUUAGUCGAGUAGAAAUACAGGUAAUUUGGUUAAAAAAAUACUGCACUGAACUUCUUUAUACUAAAAGAAAAGUGGAAAAGUACAGGCUCUGAAAUGUUCUCAAAGUAUCAAUAAUUUUUUUUCUAAAAAAUAGCCCUGACAUUUCUACCGGCUGUUUCUUUGCAAAGCUGACGUCACAUUAAUUAAUUUCAAGACUGUUAAAUAAAAUAACAGUGUCUAUUCCAUGGUUCCCGCGGGUCCUUAAAAAGUCGUACUUUUUUUUGUGUGAAAUUAAGGCCAUAAAAUUUCUUAAAUUUACUGUAAAUUUGCUCUAGGUAUUACAUUUUGCAGAGGGUUUUUUAAGACUAGGGGAAAUUGUCGCACACAACAAAUCACAUAGUGCGUCUUUUAAUUACGGCAUUUUCAGGAGUUUUACGUUACGUUAACGUUGACAUCAGUUACUCAUCAGUAGGCUAACUUGCUGGCGCUACUUUAAGCUAGUGACGGCUGACAUCAUUAGGCCAACUUGCGCUACUUUCAGGAUGGGACGGUGCAAAUUCAAUGAGAAAUGGUUUGAGGAGGAUACGUUUUGGGGGUGGUUGGAGAAGGCAGGUGGCUACGAGGCAAGGUGUCGUCUAUCCCGAAAGGCAUUCAUACUAGGGACCAUGGGAGCAAAAGCUCUUGAGUCCCACAUGAGGUCGCAGAAAUAUAUCCGAUACUCCGUGGCAGCUAGCGGGACUACAACGAUGCCCAUAUUAUUUGAAAGAAGUGGACUGAAAAGUUCAGCAUCCGUGGCUAGUACUUCACAUCAGACGGCGUUAACCGGCUUUGUGUCGCCACCAGAAACCCAGAAGGCGGAGGUAUUGUGGGUUCUCCACACGAUGAGCAGUUUUAUCAGAUCGGGUUUGCUGCAGCUUCUUCUGCUUGGUUUCUUUGUUGUUAUGGCCUUCUUCGGAUUCUUCCAGAGCUGUACGGUAGAGCACAAGCGCUCCCUCAUCAGAAGGUGGUCUCCACCCACCGGCCUAUUCAUCCCCCCUUCUACCUGCUUCUGCAUAAAUGACUCGUAUAUUCUGGACAACAGCAUUCCUAGUGACCAGCUGGCAGAGAUUCUGGAACGACGGGGCAAGGAGUACAAGAAACACCAGGCCAGAACAAGCUCCAUUUUGAACACACUCCUCUUUGCUCCAUCCAACUCUCCACUGCAGUAUCCCAUUCAGGGUUUCACAGUUCGUCCCAUGGUCCCCACUCUCAUUCCAGGUUUAGCGCUGCACACACAGAAAAGAAGCAGCUACAAGGUUUUACUAAAUGUCACCAGAGGUAUCCUCAGUCUAGGGACCCCAAGAGAUGAAGAUGUUGUCAAUGGUAGCAGGAAGAAUUUGAUCAUCUUGGAGACGGAUAGCUUAGCGGAAAUGAACAAACUUCUGGCGAAGGUCACCUAUACCAGCACUGUGUACCACAUACACACCGGAGACCUGGUUCACUUCAUGUGUGAGGUUCACCAAGCUGUGUUCCCCAUCGUCAUUCGUCAACCAACCCUACCUGUGCUCUUCGACAUUGGAACAGCCAUCAGUGACCAAGUGACUGUCACCACUAAGACCUUCAUGCGCUACAAGGAGUUGAAGCUCCUCAUAAGAAGCUUAAGACAGCACUACAAAGACAUGACACUCAUUGUGGCUGACGACACCCAUGAGCCGGAAAAAAUCAUUGAAGAAAAUGUUCUGCAUUACAUUAUGCCCGGGGGACAGGGCUGGUUUGCUGGCAGAACCCUGGCUGUCUCUCAAGUCACCACCAAGUACUUUCUUUGGGUGGAUGAUGACUUUCUAUUCACUGAGAAAACAAAGAUAGAGGAUCUGGUGGAGGUGAUGGAGGCAACACCAAUGUUGGAUGUGGUUGGGGGUUCAGUGGAUGGAAAUCAGUUCUACUUCUCCAUCAACUAUGAUGAGGGAGAUGGAGUCACUGGAGGCUGUCUAGAGAAGAAAAACAACAGAAGAUUCCACUCAGUACCUAAUUUUCCACAAUGCCACCUCGUCAGUGGGGUGGUCAACUUCUUCCUGGCUCGUACCGAUGCUGUGAAUCGAGUGAGAUUUGACCCCAAGCUGAAGAGAGUGGGACAUCCAGAAUUCUUCAUGGAUGGACUUGGUCAAUUGAUGGUUGCAACAUGUAGUCAUGUUUCCAUCAGCCAUCAGCCUAGAAUGAUGAAACCUGAGUACAAGAUAUUCAGACACCCCACAUCGGAGGAACAGGAUUCAAAAAAACGGCUGUACCACUACAAAAACUACCUCAAAUGUAUCCGCUUUGGAUAGGACAACAACUCUUUCAAUGACAAAUUCACAUAAGGAAAAUAUUUGGCGGCAAAUCCAGACAUAUUCAAUAAAAGAAAGUCAACCUCUAGCUUCAGGUAAACUUUAUGUCACACUCAAAGGAAUACGCAGACAGUGUUGUGCCUGAACGCGUUCAUUGAAUGAUAGUUCAUGAACGCGUUCAUAUUUUGGGGCGAACGUGAACUGAACGUACUGUAUUACUGCCUGAUGAACAUUACUGUGAACUCGUUCCUUCUGGUGUCUGUGAACGGCACACUCACUCGGUUUAACUUCGUUCAAUAGGGGGGUUAUUUGUUCAUCAACACGGCGGAUGCGCCGUGUUGCCAUGUUUAUCUCUGCGUUGCCAUGGUUAUCUCUGUGUGGUUAAUUUGCAGUUUCGGUAUUGUCAGCUUACUGUUACAUUAAACUGUAAUCAGAAAACACGGUUAUAUGCUUUAGACCAGGGGUCUCAAACUCGCGGGCCAAUUGCGGCCCGCUGGACGAUAUUUUGUGACCCCCUACUCAAAGUUUAGUCACUUUUCUUUCUUAUUUUUUUGCUGAGUCGCUGCGCUUGCCCGGGGGCCUCAUUUAAAAGGCUUGCUGCGCACAAAAACCUUGGAUAAGACGGAGGUGAAAUGUACGUAGGCCAAUGGUAUGGCUUCUCCCAAGUCUGUGUGCGCUGGAGAAACGCCCUUUCUGUCUGUAUCUCUGUGUGUAACACCAUGCACCUGAACGGGUUCUCUCCUGUGUGAUUCCUCUGAUGUAUUUCAAGCUUACUGAAGCAUCUGAAACUUACCGCUUAGCAACCGAGUUCCUCAAAUUGUGGAGCUUCAUAUCUCUGAGCAUGAAAUGUGCGUCAGUUUUUCUCACUGCAAACGUUGGUAGGCUAUUUAUAGAAAAUGUCUAUGUUUUGACAUGUUUGAUUACAUUUUAUAACUGCAUGGGCCUGGAUACGUCGGUAGGUGUGUGUGUGUG